AUCAUUAAUUACUACUUAAGUAUUAAAUUUACAUGUGGAAGGGGCGUCCACAUCAUCGACCAUUUAUAUUUUGCCACGUAAUAAAUUUCUUAAUGCUCGUUCGCCGACAGAUUUAGUUCUCUCUCUCUUUUUAUGUCUAUUUCUGGUCUGCGCAGAACAUAGUCUCUUUCGCGGCGAGUAAAUUCGCCGACUAACAGAAAAUAUCCUUCUGUAUAAAUUCCUUCGCCUAGAGGAAGGAGACAAAGAUUACUUCAUGUGAGAGACUAGUCAUGGUUUACGACGUUGUCUCGCCUGCAAUCGGUAACACCUCCACCGUCGUCCACAACCUCGGCUUCUAUCUGUCGGAGCAUCCGGCGAUCGUCAAUUUCCGUUGGAGCCACACCCAGUCAUGGGGUUCCACUUGGCUGUUCCUCUUCACUUCCAUAGCCGCAUAUCUCUUCAUCUCUCUCUUCCUCCAUCGACUUCUGGCUUUCCUCAUCCGCCCGACCCGUGCAGUUCCUCUUGGCCCCAUACCCGCUCUUCAUAGCCUGUUCAUGUCCCUUAUCUCCGUCACUAUUUUCGCCGGUAUAUUACUCUCCGCCGCCGUUGAGAUCAGAGACACCCGUUGGUUCUGGCGACGCUCAAAGACCCCAUUCCAAUGGCUGCUCUGUUUUCCACUGGGCACUCGACCCUCGGGACGGGUCUUCUUCUGGUCAUACGUGUACUACUUGUCUCGAUUCCUACACAUGUGGAGGACGAUCUUCACGAUUCUACGACGUCGUAAACUGGUGUUGUUCCAGCUGUUCAAUCAGUCCAUCUCGAUCUUCAUGUCAUUCUUGUGGCUGGAAUUUUCGCAGUCGUUUCAAGUGGCGGCGAUCCUGGCGACGACGCUGGUGUAUUCGGUGGUGUACGGAUACAGAUUCUGGACGGCGAUGGGGCUGAGAAGUGCGUGCUUUCCGCUGGUGUUGAAUUGUCAAGUGGUGCUGGUGGGUUGCAACGUGGCGUGCCAUGUAGGAGUGUUUCUGCUUCACUUCUUCCGAGGCGGAUGCAACGGAAUCGGCGCCUGGAUUUUUAAUUCGGUGCUCAACGUUGGUGCUCUGUUGGUGUUUCUGAAUUUUUACGUGAGAUUACAGGCCGAUUACAGGAAAAGUAGUGCCAGGCUUGAAGGCGAGUCCAAGCCUCAUUCCUGUGGUCAUCAAAGGCUGGCGAUCGGUCGUUAGUACUGUAGCAGAAAUGGACAAGACAACUAGAUUUAGGUGAUCUCAUGAGGCCUCCACCAAGCGUCUAUACUUUUCUUGGUUAAUUGUAUUUGUAGGAGCAAAUACCACCCCUCGUUGUAGAUUUUCGGGGUUAUGAUAUCAUUAUUUUUAGUUCAAGGAUCA